AUGAAUAAUGCCGUAGAAGUCCACCGAAGCGAGUUACCGUCGGAGAAUCCAAACGCCAUCCUGAACGCCACCAACAAGAAUGUUCCACCAGAAACCAUGAUUCUGCUGAGCCUGGGUCCAAAGUUCGCCCUCCCCUACAACAACGUUUCCGAAAUCCCCGUUUUCCACCUAAUUGCCGAUGUGGAAAACAUCCUAGCGACUCAAACAGACCGAUCGUUGCGAGAGCAGGCAAGGUGUCAAAUCGUCAACAAAAUGCAGAAUUACUACAACCGAGCGGAGCGCACUACUGGCACCAGCCUCACCCCGCUAGAGAGAUUCUGCCAAGCAGCGACAAACACCACCAAGAAAUUCAUCAAAACAAACCCUGAUAUCCUCAUCACGGAAGCAGACAAGGGUAAUCGCACUGUUAUCAUGAGCCUCGCCGACUACGACGACAAGAUGACCCAGCUGAUCGACAACACAACGACGUACGAGAAGCUAAACGCAGAUCCAACAAACCGAUACGAACGGAUGAACAACAACAUCGUCAAACGACUACACGCGCUCCAGCUGAUUAGCGACAGGGAAAAGUACCAUCUCACCAGCUACAACGCCGUGUGCCCCCGAAUUUACGGUCAGCCGAAGGCACACAAGCCGAAUCUGCCUCUCAGACCAGUCGUACCGAACACGACUGCACCUACGAUCAACCUGUGUAAGUACAUGGCGGAUAUCUUGCAACGCUCGUUCCAAAGCCAAUACAACGCUGUGGAUUCGAAGAGCUUUUGCGUGUAUGCCAAUAACUUGCGCAUACCGUCAAACCACAUACUGGUGUCGUUUGACGCGGUAUCGUUGUUUACCAACGUCACGAAAGAUGUGGUAGUACAUGACAUCAUCAUGAUGUGGGACGAAAUCGGGAAGAACACAGAAAUCAACCUAGAUUUCUUCCUCGAAAUUGUCGGUUUCUGUUUUGAUGCCAGUUUCUUCUGCUUUCGUGGAAAAUACUACCACCAAAUUUCGGGGACCGCAAUGGGCAGCCCGCUUUCACCCAUUCUGGCGGAUAUCGUGAUGGACAACUUGAUCUCCAGAGCUAUCAAUCUCGCCGGAAUUCCUCCGGAAUACAUCCGAAAAUAUGUAGAUGACCUCUUUUUGGUCAUACACAAAGAUCAGGUUGAUCGAGUUUUGGCUUUGUUCAAUGCCCAAAAUGAGCAAAUAAAAUUCACCUUCGAAACCGAAGAAAACCGUAAGCUUCCGUUCCUAGACCUUCUCGUGAUCAGACAGGAAGAUGGGACCGUGAAAACGGACUGGUAUGCCAAACCGAUUGCGUCAGGGCGCAUUCUCAACUACUUCUCGUUUCACUCCGCCGAUCAAAAAUUGUCAGUCGUCAACAAUUUCAUUGAUCGAGUCCGGUCUCUGAGCACAAUCAGGUCCCGAGAAGAGCAAGACGAGCUGAUACGCAGCCACCUGCAAAAGAACGACUACCCCCGUGGACUGAUCAACAGAAUGCUGCGCCAAACACCGAUCACGAACCGAAACGAAAAACCAACAACAUACAGGUCGAUACCAUACAUCCAUGCGCUAACACCCUCUCUCAAGAAAAUAUUGAAGAGCAACAACACAGCUAUGGGCAUCUCGUACAGCAACCAAAAUACAGUAGGACACCUAUAUAAAACAGCCAAGGACCCCGUGCCACAUUUGAACAAAAGCAACGUAAUCUACAAAAUUGACUGUCGAGACUGCCACCGAAACUAUAUCGGCAUGACAACAAACAAGCUACAAGCCCGUAUGUAUGGACACCAAUCUCACAUCAAUACCCUAGAGAGAUUGCUACAAGAAGGAAAUAGCUACACGGACCCACCAAUACAACAGCUAAAAGAGAAGACAGCACUAAUGGAACACUGCAUUACCAACCAACACCGUUUCAACGUGAACAAUCCAUCCAUCAUCGACAUCACCUACAAACGACAAGCUUUGCAAGUGUUGGAGAUGUGCCACAUCGCUACUACGCCCAACACCGUCAACCGUCGGACAGACACCGACCAUCUCAGCUGUGCGUACGCAAACCUCCUCGAAACUAUUAGACGAAGCAGAGAGGAGAGAAUUUCGUCGUCAAAUCGUUUCCGUAGUACACAAACCAACGAUAACAACAUCCCCACACAACCAACACUAGUCAACCCAACCACCCAACAACCUCCCAUACGUCACAACCCACAGUAA